AUGACACUUCCUAGAGGACUCUCUGCUGUACUAGCUAAAUCACCUUCCGACACUGUUAUCCUCUCCUCGUUACGCACUCCUAUUUGUCGUUCGGGUCGCGGUCAACUAAAGAAUGCCUACCCUGAAGAGCUACUCUCCGUCGUACUACGCGCCACGCUUGACGUUAACCCGAACCUCCCGCCAAAUAAGAUAGAAGAUGUUGCCGUCGGCGUCGUCCUCUCCGAACUCGGCGGCAGCAAGGCUUCCCGCAUGGCUAUGAAUCAUGUUGGAUUCCCUAACACUACAUCCCUGUACACUGUCAACCGCGCGUGCAGCAGCAGUCUGCAGGGUCUGACUACUAUCUCCGCUCAGAUCCGUGUCGGUAUGAUUAGUGUAGGCAUAGCCGCGGGCAUGGAAAGUAUGACGAGGAAUUAUGCCAGUAAGGCCAUACCUGUAGAUAGGUGGCCCGUAUUAGCUGAGAGCCCCGUUAAAGAUGCGCGCGAUUGCAUUAUGCCUAUGCUCACUACUAGCGAGAACGUUGCGAAGAGGUACAAGGUUUCUCGAGAGGAGCAAGACGAGUUUGCCUUUGAGUCCCAGCGGCGAGCGGCGAAGGCUCAGGCUGAGGGCUUAUUCGACCAGGAGAUCGUGCCUGUUCCUACCGUGUUCCAAGAAACUGAUAAACAAGGAAAAGAGAUUGGAGAGCCGAAACAGAUCACGGUAACAAAAGAUGAUGGCAUAAGGCCGGGGGUAACGCUCGAGGGUCUCGCUAAACUCAAACCUGUACUUGGAGAAUCUGGAACAAGCACGGCGGGUAAUUCGAGCCAAGUCAGUGACGGCGCGGCUGCUUCGCUUGUGAUGAGGCGGAGCACCGCAACAGAGCUCGGGCUAACGUCGAGUAUCAUGGGGAAGUUCGUAGCUGCUACUACGGUCGGUUGCGCCCCGGAUGAAAUGGGUAUCGGCCCCGCGCUAGCUAUCCCGAAGCUUCUAGGCCAGCUCGAUAUCAAGUCAGAGGAUGUGGAUCGGUGGGAGAUCAACGAGGCUUUUGCUAGCCAGUCUGUAUACUGCUUGAGAGAGCUUGGUUUACAGGAAGCUUGGGUACAGGGCAAGGUUAACCCCGACGGAGGCGCUAUUGCUCUAGGCCAUCCGCUCGGUGCUACGGGAGCUAGGAUGACGGCUACGUUAUUGCAUGGCCUAGGACGGACCGGAGGACAGGUCGGUGUGGUGAGUAUGUGUGUGGGUACCGGGAUGGGGAUGGCUGGCUUGUUCGUCAGGGAAUAA